AUGCGGCUCUCCACGCGGGUGCCGCUCCUCACCGGCUGCGUCCUGCUGCUCGCCUCGGCGUGUGCGUGCUGCGGCCCGGGCAGAGGCUACGGCAAGAGGCGGCCGCCCCGGAAGCUCACGCCCUUGGCCUACAAACAGUUCAGCCCCAACGUAGCCGAGAAAACCUUAGGCGCGAGCGGAAGGUACGAAGGAAAGAUCACGCGCAAUUCAGAGCGCUUUAAAGAGCUGACGGCGAACUACAACCCAGACAUCAUCUUUAAGGAUGAGGAGAAUACAGGUGCGGACCGGAUGAUGACGCAGCGAUGUAAAGAUAAGCUGAACUCUCUGGCGAUCUCAGUGAUGAACUUAUGGCCAGGUGUGCGUCUGCGAGUGACGGAGGGCUGGGAUGAGGAUGGCCAUCACUCCGAAGAGUCUCUGCACUAUGAGGGCAGAGCAGUGGACAUCACUACUUCAGACCGCGACCGUAACAAAUAUGCCAUGCUGGCCCGUCUGGCUGUAGAGGCCGGUUUCGAUUGGGUUUACUAUGAGUCCAAAGGCCACAUCCACUGCAGUGUCAAGUCAGAACACUCUGUGGCAGCUAAGACGGGGGGUUGCUUUCCAGGAAGGGCAUGGGUGACACUGGAAAAGGGGGGUCGGAAGUCAAUGCGUGACCUGCAGGCUGGUGAUCGUGUCCUGGCAUCGACAGAGAGUGGCAAUCUCAUCUAUAGUGAGGUCCUCGCCUUCCUGGACCGUGACCCAGCGAUUAAGAAGCACUUCUAUGUGAUCAGUACACACAAUGGGGCCACUCUCUCCAUGACUGCAGCACAUUUGCUCUUUGUGUGGGAUGGAAACUGCACUGGUGGGACCCUGCCAGCAGAAGGGGCUAUGCGUACAAUAUUUGCCAGUGAUGCACACCCAGGGCAGUGUUUGCUGACUCUGGAGGAAGGGGCCGAAGGGCUUCUAAAUGGCCAGCUUUCGCGCAUCACCCGACUGCGUGUGUGGGAGGAUCGUGGUGCAUAUGCCCCACUCACUACCCAGGGAAGUCUGCUGGUCAAUGGGGCAAUGACUUCAUGCUACGCUGCAGUAGAAAAACAUCAGCUUGCUCACUGGGCUUUUGGCCCACUCCGCAUGCUUUACAGUUGGACUGGGCCAAAUCGAGUCCACGGAGAGGGACUACACUGGUAUGCUCAUGCCUUGCGCUGGGUGGGAAAACUGCUGCUGGACUCUGAACUCUUUCACCCCUGGGCCAUGGAGGGUACUGAUAGGUAAAGGUCUGGAACAUGUAGAGGACAUGGCAGAAGAAAAAGAAGAAGAAGCAAAAUAAAUGGAGGCUUAGGGCAAGCAGGCCACUAUAGAGACACCAGGAUUAAACAAAAAUCCUCUGUAAAAGACUGAGCUGCAAAAUGCCAGAAACAGACAGAAAGCAUACCUCUUGAUCUGUGCUUUGCAAGAAUUCCAGUCAUCAAAUGUUUUUUGUUCUAUUUGGUGGAUGACUGGCAGCUUCUGGUACAGAAAAGGGUGCC